CAAAGUUUGUUCUUCACAAGCACUUGUUCACUUAACCGGAAAUCAACAUCAAAAUACUCUGCAACUAAUUUGUGGGUUUGGUCACCUUGUUUAGUUUGAUUAACCGCACAGGAAAAACGUAUAUCCUGUUUUUGAAUGAAAUCAUGAAAUUAUCCUAUUAAAAAAUUGAUAUAUGCAUCGAUUUCAUGGAAAGGUUUGCACGGACAAUCACAUAUUCGCCAAAUUUAUCGAUUAUUGAAACACGAACCCAGAACAUUGAUUGAAAUAUGAAACCCGGGUAGGGAUUAUGCUUGAAGAUCACAUUUCAGUGUAGUGCAGUAGUGACGUAAGCUUCAUGCGUAGUGUAUUGAUGUAAUCACAAUUGUAAAAAAGUUACUUUAAACUAUAAACUGAUGUUCAUGAAAUAGUGCAAAAGAAUUGUCAAUAGAUCUCAAUACAGCAACAAUGUUAAGUCGAGUUGAACGUGUGUCUCGUGAAGACUAUAGUACAUUCCAGCCAAAAUCAGCUGAUAACAUGAAAAAUGAAGGUAUUUUAGUGACUGGGUCAUUCCAGGCUAUAAACUUUUAUAAUCAGUCACAUAUUUUCUUUGAUCUCUACAUGGCAGUUAUUUCUGGCCAUGCACAAAAUGUUAGGAAUAUAUUGUUGUCUCACCCAGAUGCUGAUUUCAACAUUCUAGUGAAAGGGGCAACUGUUUUGUCACUGUCCCUUUAUAAGCGACAUUUUGAUAUCUUUAAUUUGUUAAUGCGACAUUCUGAAAGGAGAGGUAAAACUUGUUUAAACACCGUCAGUAAGGAUGAAUUAAAUAGAAGAGAACCUCCUUUAAUUACAGCAUGUAGGAUGCAUUUUACUGAAGGAGUUAUUUCCCUGGUGAAUGCAGGAGCUGAUAUUGAUGCCCAAGAUAAUUUUGGACAUACAGCCCUAUGGGUGGCCGCUAGACAGCAAAUGCCAGAUCUUGUGGAAUAUUUAAUAGUCAAUGGUGCUAGUGUAAAUAUUACAGACCGAUAUAACUACACGCCCCUCAUUACUGCCAUGAUGUACAAGGUGACAUCUCACAUUACUAAAGCACUUGUGCUAAAUGGAAGUAAUUUAGAUGGACCAAGAGUAGUGUCCUCAUACCAAAACAGUCCUUUAUUCUGGGCUUCUAAAUAUAAAGACUUUGAGAUGAUGAGAUUGAUUCUUUUAGCAGGAGUUCCAAUGUGGCUUAUACGAUGUGUAAAACAUUCAUUACAUGAUGCCACAGGAAGAAAUGCUGCGGCUAUAGGCUAUCUGGAUGAUUUUACAAGAAAUGCACCAUCGCUAAAACAAAUAUGUCGAAGGAUAUUGAGAACAGCAGUCAGUGAAAGUUGUAAAGGAAAAUAUUUUGGACAAAACAUUGAAACAUUACCACUUCCACAAAUUUUGAAAUGUUAUUUAUUGUUAAAAGUAGAAAAUUAGAAAGACUUUUUUGUGUACAUGUAUUUGGUGUGUAUAUAAGACUUAAAGUAAAUGUAAGUACAUUGUAUAGUGUAAGUGUAUUAAACUAUUACAUGUAUUUCUUUUGUGAUGAUCAAUAUGGUUUGUUUUUUCACAACAAACAUCCAGUUUGAAUUCAUUAAAAUUAUAGUUAUACAUGUUAUACUUGUACAUACGUGUACAGCAAAUGGUACAGUAUUAGAAUGAUUAGUGGUACAUGUUGUAAUAGAAAUUUUCAUACAUCAUGUAGAUUUGUCCCUUAAACAGGUUUAACAUUGUUUUUAUUUACAUUAUUUAGGUGAAUCUUAUACAUGAUAUAUACAAUGUACAUUGUACACAUAUAUAUAAGAAAAUUUGUAAGUUUUAGUUGUGAAAAACUCAAACUGAAUAAAAAAAUAAUCUUUCACAGUUUCACUUUGCUUCAUUAGAUUUGUUUGUGGCAGCUUUUAUUAUCUGAAGACUUCCACAAGGGGUCAUAUUUAUAUUUAGAUGACCGUUUACCUUGUAUACACAUUUUAAUCAAUCAACUAAAUGUACAUUUGGCAUGUUUGGUUGUAACUGUUCCAAGUGGAAUGCUAGCCCAGGCACUAUAUACAAAUGUAAUUACAAUUUUUUCCUAAAAGUAAAGUUGAAUCAAAAUUGUUUAAAUGUUUUAUUGACAUGAGCUUAUGAUUUGUAAUACAGAAAUUGAAUUCUCUAUAAAACAAUGAAACUUUACAUAACAAUAUAUUACAAUAGUUAAAAGUACCAAAACUAUUCAUGCUAUUAAAAGGCAAAUAUUUGAAUGGAUACUAAAAGGUCACAGGACAUGGCCCCAUACAGUAAGUAGCUUAGUCUUCAGAUUUUCAUGCUGUGGUAAACAAAUCAUGGAAAGAAAAAUGAAAGAUCUUACUUUAUUCUAACAUUAUUUAGGCAGCAACCAUUUGAUUUUCGGGGGGGUUAUGGAUUUUUUUCUGUACAAUCUAUUUUUUGGCGACAAGUCAGAAAUUAUGAAAAGAGUCAUUUAAAUAUUGUUUCUGUGUAUUACACAUGCUUAAAAAAAUAACAGCUACAUGUACAAUACUGUCGGGUCAGUAUACUGCAAUGUAAUAGUUGAAUUAGGUUUUGGUUCUAAUUUAUUAUUUCUCUCAGCUUGUACAAUUUAUACACUUCAAUGCUUACAUGUGUGUGUGUGUGUGUUAGGGCUUUAACACCGCUAUGUGGCCAAAUAUUAAUGGAAAUCUUGUGUGUACAGAGGCUUGUGUAAAACUUUCAGUAUCCCCUAUAAACAAGUCUGAAAAUUAAAGUUAGUCAAUAUUUCUAUAAUCGUCAUAUUUAUAGUCGUGAUAGUCAUGACUCAUGAUAGUGUGGCUUACAAAAAGAGCUUGCUUGAAGAGUUGAAAAUUUAUUUAUACAUAAAAAACAUAUGUUCCAGAAUAGAAGGCCUGUAGACAUAAAUGAUGUACAUCUUUGUUACUGUAAGAGUAUAAAACAUUCUGUACAUGCUGCAAAUGUAGGGGAAGCGUGCUUCCUGUACAUAAACAUGUAUACAAAAUGUUAUGUACAUGUAUUUAGCAGUCAUUUUACGAUAAAGCAAUUAAUAUUUUUUCUUAUUUUUGCUUAUUAUUUUAACAUGUUUAACAUAGUACUAGUCCUACAUGAAUAUGGACAUUAAACAAUUGUAUACCUGUGCACACAAACUUUUAUCAACUGUACAAAAAUUGAUUAAAGGCAUGAAGUGAUAAUGGAUUAAUGGAUAUGAAAUUUUCUUUAUCAUCAAUUUGAUUUUUUCAUGCGAAGUUUAUGAAGUUAUUCAUUUUAGGCGUGAAAGGAAAUCUUUUAAUAAAAACAAUAUAUCAAAUUUAACUUAUUUUUUUCGAAAACCAUCAUACCUUCAUAUUUAUUAUCAUCUCUGUAACAAUGUGUAAUAUCUGUAAAAUUGCAUGUUUUAUACCAUAUUUUUGCAUGUGAUAUACAAUGUACAUGUAUUGCAGUAGAACUAAUUCUUGUUGGUGAUAUCAAUAAGGUGUACAAAUGUACUUGAAUUAUCAACAAUUUUUUAUUAUAAAAAUACCUUCAAACCUGAAAAUAUAAUUCCUAUUAAUUUUUCAAACUUUAUGAUUUUCAAAUAAUUUUGUGUGUGCAAUUAUUGCCUUCUGGUUGUAUUGUGCCAAAGAAUCAAAGACAUAUUUUGUUUAUCAUGCUAAAGGUUUACUGUGAUAGAAUUUAACUGCAUAGUACUACAUGUACUAGUGCACACACAUUUUUCUUGUGUAAAAGUUGCCAAAGAUAUUGAAUACAAAUCAGAUAAUAAGAAUAAUAAUUUCUAUAUAUUUUUCUCAUUAUUUCAUGUUUGUACAAAUGAUUAUAAAAAUAAGAAGAGUCACUUUGAACUCAUACUAUUUCAAGUUUGGAAAAAGAUUAUUCAAUUAAAUGCUUACAUUGUAAUGAAAGGUAUUUUUCCCCUACAAUUUGAGUUAUACAGUGUAGGGUAGUGAAAGGGUAAAAAACAUAGAAAUUUAAGUUUCCCUGAAAUUAUUGCAUUGCAGCAUGAGUUAAACUGAUUCAUGGUUAUAUAUAAAUGUGAAAUUACAUCAUAUCAUAUGUAAUUUACAAUGUAUAAGGUAAAUACACAUAUAUGGUACUUAUUAUCUAUCAUCUAGACUACAUGGAACAUGUAUAAAUCUAAGUAUGAAUUUUGCAUUACAUGUUGUAUUUUGUGUGUGACGUGCAUUGCUGUCUUGCAGAUGAAUGUUUCAGAGUGUAGUCAUCUAUGUAUUUCAUCAGAAUGUAGUAGGAUAGAUAACUCAGCUGAAUUUGUUAUACAUUAGUAUACAAUUUAUUUUAUAUUCAAGUUAGAUCAACACUGUUAAAUUGAUCACACACAAAUGAGUAUAUAUGGGGAUGCCAUUUAUUGUGGAAUGCAUUUUACUUAUUUUAUUAUUAUGGUAUGGUUUAAUUUGAAAACAUUUGAUUUUCAAGGAAAUACAAAUAUUUAUUUUAAAUUAUUAUAUUCCAGUAAUUCACAUGACAUAGACAUGCAAUGUAUUUAUGUAGGAAUAAAAGAAUCUUAUCUUGUGCAAAAAUAAGUCAAACUUAUAUCUUUGUAUGAGAGAGAAUAAUUUAGUUAACAGUUUGAACACACUUUGUAAGAUCUGAAGAGCACAUGUACAUGAAAGUGAUCAUUGUUUGUAGAAAUACUGUUUUGAUACUUUAACUUACAAAUUUUAUGGAAAUUUCACCUAGUUUUUUUAACGGUUUACAGCUUUAAUUUCUAUAAACAUACAUAUUUACAUGUACCAAUUAGAUAAUACAUGUUAAAAUCAUCUUGCUACAUUGUACAUGACAAAUUCCAUUUUCUGUUACACAGUGAAUUGAGUAACAAUAUAUAAAUGUACGUUUUACCAUUCUCAUCCCCCUAUUUGUUCGCAUGUGGUGAUAGAAAAAUUAUGACCAAAUUAUGCAGGGAACACAAAACUGUAUAUGUGUAAAAAGAAAUACCAUAAUAAAAUUUUGGUUGCCGUCAAUAAUGUUUGAAAUUAUAUUCUAGCACAAGUCUGACUUAUAAUUUAUUUAAAAGUUAUUUAUUAUUUUGUUUUAUUUGUAAGUGUGUAUUUUGGAUUGUUUUCAUUGUUUUGUUUGCAGUGUUAUGUUUGAGUUUGAAUGUUAUUGUGAAGUUGUUGUUUUCAUAUUUAGUUCUUCCAUGUUACCAUGGUUACAGUACAGGUAAUCCAUGAGUAUGGAUAUAAACAUGGUUUAAGAUAAUUAAAUUAUCUAAAAUACAACAUGUCUAUGUUUUCUAUCUCAUGCUUUUUUUUUAAAAAUGUUUGUCAUGUUUAUAUUCUUUAAACAUGUUAAAAGAGUAACCAGAUUAAGCAUGUUUCUGAUGACUUUCAAAGUUUCAGACUGUUAAAAAAGCAGUCUUUGAUUACAAUGUUUUUUUAUAUUAUAAUUCAUUAAAACACAAUAACGAGAAACAAUUUGUAUACAUUUAAUUUCAUUUUUUUUUUUUUUUUGGAAUGACAUUCAAUGUUAGAAAAUCUUUUCAUUAUAAUAUUUGUUCCUUGGCGGAAGAUUUAGAUUGGCUUUUGGAAUUUUGAUAAAAUCCUCAUAUUUGAUAAUCAAAUGUAGCUCAUUACAUCCUUUUUCAAAUUUCAAUUUGGACAUGUUCAUGAUGUUCUAGUGAUUUUUUUUUUAACUUUUCAAUGUAUAUUGAUCCAGACCUCUUGUUAUCAAUGAUUGCAGUGAUUUUUUACAAGCUGUUCAAUGGCUAUUUAUUAUAUAUAAGCUUUCUGAUUUUUUUAGUUUAAAAGAUUUUCAAAUGGGGUGUUUUUGAGAUGUGCAAAAAAAAUGAUAUGACAGAUUUUGUGUAGUAGUGAAUUUAAUUUCAAGUUAAAAUGGUCACUUAUUGUUUUCUUACUAUAGUUGUUAUGGUAACUGUUUUCAUAAAUGUGACCGGUUGUUUUUUAUUUUAAAAGGACCAAUUAUUUUUGUUAUUUUACAAGCCUUCAUUAAUAUUUCACAUGUGCAAAAUGUACGAUGUUUGCUGAUAACGAAUUUUUAAUCUAGUCAAUGUGAUUAUUUUGCAACAUGGUUAGAUGUAUUUGUAUGGUUUUAUAAUAAUUGUAACAUGUGAACGUAUUUAUUCUGGGAGCUGUACAAUUAUUUUGAAUUCGAAACAAAUGGUGCUUAAAUUGUCACAUUUUAAAUGUGGAAAUAAACUUUGUUAUUAAAAGAU